AUGGCCGCCUUUGUGACCUGGAUGCAGAAGGUCUGGUCCAGGUACCUGGCCUUGAAGGAGCUGCGGGCUCUGACUGGCGAAUACAUCGUGAAGGACCUUUCGGAGUUGAAGCUGCCCUCGGAAGCAUCUCAGGCUUUCGAUGUGGAGGCGGGCUCGGCGCCGCCGCCGGAG